UCAGUAUUGACUAGCUUCAGUACAAUCAGCUGAUUGCAAUGCAAUGUCGAUUUGACAGGAUUUGACAAUUAUUUUUAUUAAUAAUAAUUUAAAAUUGUGCUGUUUAUUUGAAAAUAAAUAACAAAUUAAAAUAAGUCAGUGUAUAAGUAGUAUAAUGGCUGACGUGAAAUCAUUGGAACAUCCAACAUUGAAAGUCCCAUAUGAAUUUUUGAACAAAAAAUUUCGUGCUGCACAAAAAACUUUAGAUCGAGAAGUAUCACAUGUUCAACAAGCGGCUUUAGAGAUCGAAAAAGGUUUAGAAGGAGAAAAAUUGGCUGCAGGGGAUAUUACUCGACUACUUGGUGGAAUGGUUGAAAAACUGCAAGUUUUGAAAAGGAAAGCUGAUGAAAGUAUUUCAGAAGAGUUACAGGCUGGUUAUGUUUGUAAACGUCGCUUAGAUCAUUUAAAGGAACAUGCAACAACAACUGCUACGGGAGAAAUCUCUCAAGGAGCUUUAAAUCAAUGGCGGCGAAAACGUUUGGAUAGAAUGCUUGUCGAGUAUUUUUUACGAAAAGGAUAUUACGGUGCCGCAGCUAAAUUAGCAGACAAGUCUGAAUUACAAGAUUUAACCAACAUAGAGGUUUUCCUAGUUUCACGCGAAGUUGAAAAAUCUUUAGCAAAUCAUGAGACUGAUAAAUGUUUGGCAUGGUGUCAUGAUAACCGUUCCAAAUUACGUAAACUAAAAUCAAAUAUGGAAUUUAAUUUACGAAUUCAGGAGUUUGUUGAGCUAAUCAAAUCCGAUCGACGAGUUGAUGCUGUUAAAUAUGCUCGUAAAUUCUUUUCAUCCUUUGAAGAAGAUCAAUUGACUGCCAUUCAACAUUGUAUGGCUCUAUUGGCUUUUCCAGUCGAUACAAAUAUCAGCCAGUAUAAAGAAUUAUUUGAUGACGCACGUUGGGAAACAUUAAUUGAACAAUUUCGGCAGGAAAAUUAUCGAUUAUUCCAAUUAUCGAAUCAAUCUGUGUUUACAGUGGCCUUACAGGCUGGCCUUUCUUCAUUAAAAACACCAUAUUGUUACGCCUCCAUGAGGGACCAACAUAAUUCAGGGUGUCCAGUUUGCCAGGAUCCUCUGAAUCAACUAGCUGAACCACUGCCAUUUGCUCAUUGUUCACAAUCUAGAUUAGUGUGCCAUAUAUCAGGACUUCCAUUAAAUGAACACAAUCAACCCAUGAUGUUACCUAAUGGUUAUGUAUAUGGAGAACAGGCUUUAGAACAAAUGGCUUUAGAAAACAAUGGUCGUGUGAUAUGUCCAAGGACUAAAGAAGUGUUCCCAUUUAAAAAAUUGGAAAAAGUUUAUGUGAUGUAAA